GCGAARCUUGGUUCGUAUUUUUGUAGACAACAUGGCGCAAGGGCAAGUAAAGAAAARAUCAUCAAAAAACACGAAAAAAUCGUCUGCCAAGAAGCAUACAGGCCCCAAGAAAGGAGCUAGAAAUAUAGCCCCAAAGAAGACAAAACACGUCAAAGCAGCAAAGCUGAAGAAGUCUUUAGAAAAAGCCAUCAAGUCCAACAUAGAACAAGAACUGGCACAUCAGGCUGUUUCAAAAGGAUCCAAACCUUUGUCCAUGGUUAAAGUUGAUGAAGAAGGCAAAGAAGAAAAAAAGAAAGUAAAGAACAAGAAGAAAUAACUAYUUCAAACCUCCCUACACAGUAUUCAGUUGUUUUUAAAUUUUGAUCAAAUCAAUCAAGCUCUAAGGGUAGGAUAUUUACAGUGUUCAAGCCAUGAAUCUCAUUGAGAGGAAAAGCCUAUAAGCUUCAAAAUCCAUACUAUCUGGGCACGAAAUGAUAAUAAUUUGUAAGAAAAGCACACAUAAUGUUCCAUAGAUGAAAAAACGCAUACAUAAAUAUAAGAGCUUGUUUUCCUGGGUGCAKCAAGCAUGAGAGUUUGUCAUACUGAACAAAGAAUGAAAAAAAUAGAUAUUUGUU